AUCUUGAAAAUUUUAAUAAAGAUAAAUGGAUUAAAUCAUUAGAUACAUUAGAUAGUUACAAAACUUGGGAGUGCAUAGAAUUUCGAAAACCAAUGAAUAUUUUUCUAAUUUUAAAUAUUAAAUUACGUAAGAAGAUAUAUGAAAUCCUUGGAAAAAAAAUCCUAUAUUCUGAGAUUAUAGAAAAUAAUUAUCGAUUAGAAUAUGGAGUGCAAAAAAUUAUUGAAUUACCACUACCUGAAAGAGUCCUUAAAACUAUUAAGAAAGAAGAUGCUGAAUGUAGCGUCUUUGCGACUGUUGUUGAUGAUGAUGAAAAGAGAAAUAAUUACUUUGAUUGUCAAAUCUAUUUUCCACGAAAUGAAAGACCACGACUAAUUAUUCAUCGAUGUCAAAGAAAACAUAAACAUCCAAAAUGUAAGUUAAGAAUUGGGUUUAUGAUAAUUGUUAAUGAUAUAGAUUUCAAUUUUAAUAGGGUUAAUGAAAUGCACUUGAAGGUUCGUUACCAAGAUUAUCAUAAGUCGAAUAAUCAAGAGUUAUAUAAUUUUAAAUUUGGGUUUAAUUUAAAUGAAUUAGAUUCUUUCUUGGGGAUUCCAAUAUUAAGAGAAUUAAAUAAUAAAGAUGAAUCUAUUAUUAUUGGACAUUACUUUUCAAAAAAUGAUAAUAAUAUUGAAGCAAAUGUAUUUUCUUACAGUUUGAAAGAGAAUAAAUAUAUUGAAUUACCUAAUUUUAGUUUUCACGUACUCACUAUUAAAAGAAACGAUCCUAAUUGUACAAUUCCUUGUGGGAUAAUUCCUUUUGUCAAAGAAAAACAAUUUAUGAAAUCGAAAAGAUCUAUAGAUUUCAAUAAAUAUACUUUUCCUUCAAACCCAAAAUAUAUUAGCGUAUUCUAUACAAGUAAAAAUUGUGGACCAGUUCUUUUUAAGCAGAAAAAGAAAGAAAUUAAAUUAGAAUACGUUGAAUGUGAAUGCAAAUCUUGUUCUAUUUGUAAGGAUAUUGACAACUCAUAUAAAUCAUCAACAGACGUCAAAUGCGCAUACUUUAUUUUAAAAUAAGGGGGAUAGUGUAGAAUUGAAGAAAAUUUUUUAUAUAAAAUCGUAUAUAAUAUGUACAGUAUAUUCUUAGUUAAUAAAAAAUUUAUUUAUUUUUAUUUAAAAUUAUUAACGUGAACGUAAAUACAACUAAUCGAUAAGUAUAAUGAGUAUCGG